AUGAGCGUCAUGGCAAUGCGCAAUUCACCGCUGGGCAGCUUCUCUUCACGCCUGUUCAAGGCUGUCUCCAUCUCCAACUCAUGCAUUCGAUCACUCCACAAGAACGCGCCCCGGCCGGUGCCAUCUCCGACCCCUUUCGUUCCCGACGUCCCGACAUUCCUCACACUGAUCGGCCGCGAAAUGUCGAAGCAAGCAAGCAAAAUCCCCUCAUGGGAGGAGUUAUUCACCUGGAGCUCUGAUCAGCUCCGCCAAGCUGGCAUUGAACCCGCCCGCCAGCGACGGUAUCUGAUCCGGAAGCGCGAGAAGUUCAGAAAUGGGCUGUACGGGCCCGGGGGCGACCUACACACCGUGGUUGAUGGUGUGGCACAAUUGCGGGUUGUCGAAGUGCCUCUGAGUGCCAAGGGUCUGGGACAGCAAGGCGCACAGGCCGGUGUCCAGACUUCUUCCGCUACACUGUCACCUGGCAUGGUGAAGGCCCUGGUCAACCUGGCGCCUGAUGCUACUGGAUAUCACUACAGCAAGAAAGAAGUGAUCAAGCAAUUUGCACACAUGAAGGUUCACCGUGGCUCUCUCCCAAUGGGACCGUAUCUGCAGCCUUUGAAGGGCAGCAAUGGUACCGCGGCUCUUAUCUCGAUCCAGGAGGGCAUGUGGGAGGACAAGCGGGGCCACAAGGUUGAUGGCGGUGAACGCCGACGUCGGGAGGUCCAGAACCAGAAGAGGCUGGAUGAGAGAAAGAAGGCGUAA